AUAUAUUUUCCACAAUCUGUAUUGUAUUUAAAACAAGUAGUUUCUUGGUGUUUUUUGUAUAUAUUAAUUCAAUUUAGCUUAGAUUUUCGAUAACAUUUUUAAGAAAGACGACAACUCUGGUUGGGGCAAAAAGCAAAAGAAAACAAAGCAAAAAUGGUAACAAAUAUUUUUAUAGGCAAUAAACUUAUAGUUUCCACAAAUUCUGGUGCCAAAAGUUACAUACAACUAUGCUCCAGUAUCGAAGAAGUCACGCAUAUGCAACCAGACGAGUACUACCUCAUAGACAACACGGGAAAGCGCUUGACCGAAACGCAGGACUUACACCAUGACGACAGCAUUCAAAUUCAUUGUGUGCUCCGACAACUCGGUGGUAAGGGUGGCUUCGGUUCCAUGUUGCGAGCAAUUGGUGCCCAAAUUGAGAAGACCACAAAUCGAGAGGCAUGCCGGGAUUUAAGUGGACGUCGUCUACGCGACAUCAAUGAGGAGAAACGUGUGCGGGCCUGGUUGGAAAAGCAGGACGAGAGAGAGCGAGAAGCGGAAGAGCGAAAGAAACGAAAAAUCGAGAAAUUGUUGGCAGUCCCCAAGCACGAAUUUAAGGACGAACAAUACGAUGAGGCCAGAGCUAACCUCACGGAGAAGGUAAACAAUGCUUUUGAGGAAGGUCUAAAACAGACUAAGCCAGAAAGCGAGCCUAGUUCAAGUAAAGGCGCCGUCAAGAGGAAAAGUGGUGAGCAAUCUGGAGCUACAAAGGCAAAAAAGAAACCAGCUCUAUGGAUUGGUGACGAUUUGUCUGGUUCGGGAUCAGACUCUGACGAUAGCGAAGCCAGCGUUAAAGCUGUUGCUAUUAGAACUUGAAACGUUUAAUUAAUAUUAAGCACUAAGAUUACGACUAAUAAAUAAAAAUAAAUAUAAUUCACUGCGGUGUCACAAACUGCGAA